AAUGUUUUCGCUUGAUGUCAAAGCUAUCCCGGGUUCCACCCCAACUGCUGACAAAACGUUUAGUCUGAAACUAUAGUUUGAACGCCGAAAUUCGAGUCAACUCAAUUUCGUGAAAAUUGUUUGUCUGAUGAAACUACCCGAAUCAAUUUCAGGUUUAUCAAGCGAAAACGACAUAAUUUCUGCAUCAAUUAGAUCAUUAAUGACAGCUACCAACCCCAAAAAUUUAUUGUUUCAAUUUCUCGGAAUUUAAGUGACCCCAUCAAUAGUAGAAAUAUUAGUUGGUCUGCUUGUAAAGAAAAUGUAGCUGUUCAAAAUCACAAAUUAUGUUGAUUCUAUGUCUACAAAAAACAUUCGAUUGAGUGAAAAAAAAAUAUUUUGUGUUUUACUGUACAAUUUGUAAUUUUUUAAUCGACCGCUACAUAGACAAAGUCAUUUAGUUCAGUCAACCCAACAGGAAGAUGUUCAAGGCAGAACUAGAAAACUGCUUCACUUGUUUUCGGCAGAGUGACAGCUUAAUCCGCAUAAUCCAAGACGAAGACGAAAGUGUAGAGGAAAUUUUCGUCAAACAUUUUUGGUUUACUAUAGAUGAAUACCGGGAUCGAGCACUGUGUACUAGUUGUUGGGAAAAAAUUGAUGAGUUUCAUAAAUUCUACUGCAACGUGGAAAAGGUGCAUAGCUCUCAGUUACUGUUGGUGGAAGUCAAGAUGGAAGACAGUAUUGCUGAAUUUGAUGGUGAGGAACAAGUAGAUCAGAAGGUGGACAUACUAUCGGUUGAUACCCAAAGCAGUAGUAAAUCUGGAACCGAUACUCCAAUUCUCGGCGAAAAACAAAAGGCAGAAUUGAACAAGGAAACAGUAGAUUGUACAGGUGACGAUCGCAUUUCGGACGAUGGCAAUCAGUCAACCCUUAAACAAGAACAGGAGGAAGAAACUUUUGCUUCAGCUAGUCAAAGUAAACGAUUUAUUAUUGAACGUGCGAUCAAGACUCCUAGGAAACUAAAUAACGAGAAUGGUGAACUGGACAAACUUAUACAAAAGCACAUAAAUCUUGUUUGCGAUAAGUGUUCUGAAUCGGACGUGGUGGCUAACCAGAAUACGUUCCAAUCAUUCUAUCGACUGAUGGUGCAUUUCAAACAGGUUCACAAAUCAAACGGAUACGUGUUCUGCUGCGAGCGCAAAUGGUCGACCAAAACAGGACUCGCAAGUCAUCUGAAAAAACAUAAACCUGCAAUAGAGAAAAACAGCAAGACCAAAGCAACAACGUGUCUAGAGUGUAAAUGUACAUUAAGAGAUAAGGAAAGUUACGAAAGCCACAUGUUUCUGGUUCACACACCGGAGGAACAAAAACGUUUCAAAUGUGACCGUUGUUCGAAAGCAUUCGCUGCGGAAUGUUUGCUUAAUAGUCACAUAAAAUGGCAUGAGGUGGUUGAGAAAAAAAAUCAUUACUGUACGAUCUGUAAUAAGUACUUUCUGAGAGUACAAAAUUUAAGAAAUCACAUGAUAACACACAAUCGUCAAGCGAAACAGUCUGCUCAGGAACAAAAGCUGCCUAAGCGAUCGUCUACGGCCAAAACAAAACGGCCGGCUGUUGAAAUCGCACAACAAGACGAACUGAUUCGGAAAUUUGUCUCUUUAAAUUGUCCUCAGUGUGAUUUUUUGGGAGAAACUUUCAGGGAAUUGGUUAAUCAUGCAUUAAAACAACACGGAAUUAAUUCAUAUACAGUAGACUGCUGUGACCGUCGGUUCGGUAGCAGAGAACAGUUAUACGAACACUGCUUACGACAUCAGAACCCGGAUCACUUCCGUUGUGACAUUUGUGGAAAAAAUUACGCUGACAGUUCUGCCCUGCAGAGCCACAGAUGGAGAAUUCACACACCGAUUUCCGAGCGACCCUUUAAAUGUGAGAUAUGUGGGGAUGCCUUUGUGAAAGAUUACCUACUGAAGAAGCAUAUGGACACUCACUUGAGCAAGGAGCGAAAGAGUCACUUCUGUGAGUUGUGCAACAGAGCGUAUUCAAAUGCAAUGUACUUGAAAGUACACCAGCAGAGGAAGCACGGUGCUAUCAGUGAUUGGGUAUGUGACGUGUGUGCCAAAGGGUUUGCACAUCGGGCCGCCCUCGAGGAGCAUCGUUUAACCCAUACACAGGAAGGAUUGACCAGUCUGAAGAUCCAGUGUGAGAAGUGCAAAAAGUGGCUAAUCAACAAGGGCAGUUACUCGAAACACAAGCGAAUUUGUUACGACACCAAUGGACCGGUGAAGUGUGACAUCUGUGGUAAGGAAUCUGUUAAUGAAGCCGCACUUAUGGGACACAAAAACUUUCACCAUUCCAAGCGACCUAUGCUGAAAUGUUCGUAUUGCGAAAAAGAGUGUAGAACACCGCUGCGGUUGAAGGAACACGAAGCAACACAUACUGGAGCAGUGUUGUAUCAAUGCCCGUACUGCCCGCGAACGUCCAACUCCAGCUCGAAUAUGUACAGUCACAAAAAGACAGUUCAUGCCGAGAAAUGGGCCGAAGAAGUCGCUGCGCGCUACUACAAGCGCUAACUAGUAAUUGCCCGAGGUUACUGCGAUUAGAGAUUAAUUAUUUUAUAGAAGAAAUAAAAUAAUUAAUAUUUUUAUCAC